AUGGCUGCUGCUUGCACCUUCAGUGUCCGUUCUGCCAAUCAUGGCUACAAGUUCUUAUACCUACCUCUACGCCGCCGCCUUACUAUAGGUAAGCUACGCCCUCGUAUGCGACAACUGAACAUCAACACCCACCGUGUUCUCAACAUCUAUUAUCCCGGUCGCCAUCUUGUCGCCCUACUAGUCCAUAAUGACUAUGGAGUUGAACUCUAUUCACAAUUAAAAAAAUUUAAGAUCUCCGUACAGGAUGAUUACGAUCCUUUAGAUUCCUCGAAUCUUCGUGAUCCCGAUUACGACUACUGGGACGAAGCGAACAUGACGUGCACCGUGCGUGGCCUGUUUACCUAUCAUAUCCUUCAUGCUUUCAGUUACCUUAAAGGUCCUGUUAAGCAGACUAUAGCCGAUUUCUUCGCUAGCAAAGGAUAUAUUGAUCGUAAUGAAUUCUCUGAGCUCUUUUCCGCCAAACAGACAUGA